CCAGCCUGAGGGUCCCAGUCUGUCAUACCUGCACCCCCUGUCUCGUGUCCCCCCUACGCCGCUGGUCCCACUGGUCUGAGGACAGCGCUCAGAAUGCCUGAGCCCACCAAGAAAGAUGAAGCACCCAAUGCACCACCAGAAGAGAGCGUGCUUAGCGAGGCUCCACCUCCACCCGAGGCCUCCCCUCCUCCAGAGCAGCCCGUGACUUCUGAGAAGGAGAAAGCUGAGGCCAUCAUUGUGGUGGUCACCCCAUCCCCGGAAGAUAAAGAUGAUGACGCUGCCAGAACCCCGUCACCGCAUCUUCCAACAGACGAUAGCACCUCCAACUCAGCCAAGGGGAGAAAAGACUCAGUGUGGUCUCUGGGAGAAGGACAGCCUCCAGAAGAAGUAGACAAACAGCAGCAGCAGCAACAGCAGCAGCAGCAGCAGCAGCAACAGCAGCAGGAUAACAAUGCCCAGCUCUCAACCCUCCUCAUUGAGAAACCCCAAGGCGGCUCCAUCACUGUGGGGGGAGACAUCACCUUCAUCGCCAAGGUUGAGGCCAAGGACCUGCUGCGCAAACCCACCAUCAAAUGGUUCAAGGGGAAGUGGAUGGAUCUGGCCAGCAAGACUGGGAAGCACCUACAGCUGAAGGAGAGCUUCGACCGCAUUACCAAGGUUCAUACAUUUGAGAUGCACAUAAUCAAGGCCAAAGAGAACUAUGCUGGGAACUACAGAUGCGAGGUCACCUACAAGGACAAAUUUGACAGCUGCUCCUUUGAUUUAGAAGUGAAGGAUGUGCCGGAAGUCUCUUCAACGGUUGACAUUCGAUCAGCUUUCAAAAGGAGCAAUGAAGGCCAAGACGAUGCAGGAGAGCUUGACUUUAGUGGUCUUCUUAAACGUAGAAUGAACAGGGAGCCGAAGCAGGAGGAGGCCGCCCCGGAGGUCGACGUGUGGGAGAUCCUGAAGAACGCCCGCCCGGACGAGUACGAGAAGAUCGCCUUCAUGUACGGGAUCACUGAUCUGAGGGGCCUGCUGAAGAGGCUGAAGAAGACCAAGAAGGAGGAGAAGAAGAGUGAAGCUUUUGCUAAGAAGCUAGAGCCAGCAUACCAGGUGGACAAAGGAGGGAAGAUCAGGCUUGUGGUAGACCUGGCCGACCCCACUGUGGAGUUGAAGUGGUACAAGAACGGCCAGGAGAUCCGUCCCUCCCCCAAUCAACGGAAGUACAUCUUUGAGCACAAAGGCACCCAGCGGAUCAUGGUCAUCAACAACUGCUCCUUGCAGGACGAUGCUGCCUACUCCGUCUGUGCUGGUAACGAGAAGUGCUCCACCGAGUUGUUUGUGAAAGAGUUACCAGUGACUAUAACCAAAGGACUAGCAGAUGUGAAGACGACAGUUAAUGAACGAAUUGAGUUGGAAUGUGAAGUGUCUGAAGAAGGAGCUCAAGUCAAAUGGCUAAAGAAUGGUGUGGAGGUCCCUACUGGAGUCCGCUCACGUUACCGCAUCAAAAGUGAGGGGACCAAGCACUGGCUGGUCAUUGAUGAUGCCACAAAAGACGACACAGGCACCUACUCUUUGAUGGCCAGUGGUGGCACGUCUGAGGCCCAUGUGCAGAUUGACUUGAAGCCUCUGAAAAUUUAUCAGGACCUGGUAGACCAGACAGUCCUCCUGGGGCAGCCACUGAAGCUACACUGUGAGAUUUCCCCUGGGAACGUUCCUGGCCGCUGGUACCGGAAUGGUCAGCUGAUACAACCCAAUGAGCGCAUUACCAUCCACCACAGGGCCAGGAACCACAGGCUAGAGAUCGAAAGUGCAAGUCUCCACGAUGCAGGGGAUUACACCUUUGUGCCCGAGGGGUACUCCCAAAGCCUCUCUGCCAAAAUCCACAUCAUAGACCCCCCAAAGGUGCACCUGGACAGCCUGAACUUCCCUGACAACACCGUGACCAUCGUGGCAGGAAACAAACUGCGCCUGGAGAUCCCCACCAGUGGGGAGCCGGCCCCCAGAGUGGUGUGGAUGAAGGGGGAGAGGGUGAUCCUGGACACUGGGAGCCGGGUUCGAGCAGAGACGUUUUCUGACCACACCAGCCUCACCAUCGAUGUUGCAGAGAGGGAGGACACUGGGAACUACAACAUUGUACUGCAGAAUGAGGCAGGAGAGGACAAGGCUACUGUCAAAGUCAAGGUUGUAGACAUCCCUGACCCCCCUGAACCCCCCAUCAUUGGUGUGGUUGGAGGAGACUGGUGUACUAUGACCUGGGAUCCUCCCUACUACGAUGGGGCCUCACCCAUCUUAGGAUACUUCAUUGAAAGAAAGAAGAAGCAGAGCUCCAGGUGGAUGAGGCUAAACUUUGACCUUUGCAAGGAGACCACCUUUGAGCCCAAAAAGAUGAUUGAGGGUGUCCCCUACGAGGUUCGAGUGUUCGCAGUGAAUGCCAUCGGCGUGUCCCGACCCAGCGAGCCCUCCAAAUCCUUUGUGCCACUGGCGGUGACCAGUGAGCCUACCAUGCUGGUGGUGGAUGAUGUCACUGACAACACGGUGACGAUUAAGUGGCGCCCCCCAGACACCAUCGGUGCUGCAGGGCUGGAUGGCUACAUGGUGGAAUACUGCAUCGAAGGAACUGAUGACUGGACUGCAGCCAACAAGGAGCUAAUUGAGAAAACCAAGUACACCAUCACAGGCUUGACUCCUGAGUCAAAGAUCUUAGUGCGGGUGAAGGCCAUCAAUGCUGCGGGGGAGAGCCCAUCCAGGGCUCUCCAGCACUCCAUCCUGGUCAAAGAGGUCGUCGAGCCUCCUAAGAUCCGCCUGCCGAGGCACCUGAAGCAGACGUACACUCGCAAGGUCGGAGAGACCGUUAACCUUGUGGUGCCCUUCCAGGGAAAACCCAGACCCAAGGUGAGCUGGCUGAAGGAUGGGCAGACCAUUGACCCCAGCCAGGUGAACAUCCGUAACAGUGACUGUGACAGCAUCAUCUUCAUCCGCAAGGCCGAGAGGAAGCACUCCGGCAAGUACGAGCUGACCGUGCAGGUGGAGAACUACGUGGACACCGCCAUCUUGGACAUACAGAUUGUGGACCUCCCUGGACCACCGAAGAGUGUAAAGAUCGAAGAAGUGUGGGGUGAAAAUGUAACGCUGGAAUGGACCCCCCCGAAGGACAGUGGCAACGCUGCAAUAACAGGCUACACCAUCCAGAAGGCAGACAAGAAAACUAUGGAGUGGUUCACUGUUAUAGAACACUACCACCGCACCUGCAUCACCCUCAAUGACCUGGUGGUGGGGAACGAGUAUUAUUUCCGCAUCUACUCAGAGAACAUGUGCGGUCUGAGCGAGACCGCCACACCCACCAAAGAUAGUGCGCUCAUCGCCAAAGACGGCAUGAAUCUGAAGGUCCCGGAGUACACAGAGUACGACUUCGCAGAGGCGCCUCACUUCACCCAGCCCCUCAUCAACAUUCUGGCCAUCGCUGGCUACAACGCCACACUCAACUGCAGCGUCCGCGCCAACCCCAAGCCCAAGGUGAUGUGGAUGAAGAACAAGAUGACUAUCAUCAAUGACCCGCGCUACCGCAUGUUCUGCAGCCAAGGGGUGUGCACCCUGGAGAUCCGCAAGCCCAGCCCCUUCGACGGGGGCACCUACACCUGCAAGGCCAUCAAUGACCUGGGGGAGGCGCAGGUGGACUGUAAGCUCGAGGUCAAAGUCCCCCAGGAAUUGUGAGUGUAUGUUAUCAUCCAAGGGGGCUUUACCUUUUCUGAGCUAAUGAAGCGGGGAGUGCCUUUACAUCUGAUUGACAAAUACAUGAAUGAGACCAAGAGCCCUGAGCCAGAGAGGAAGUGACUGCACUGACCACUGAUACAGCUGGACUUUCCAGAAACACAUCACCACUGCGUUUCCAUCUCUCUCGUAGAACCGGUGGGGAAAGGGGGAGGGGCUUAGGCAAGGCAUGGAGAAGACAUGUUGUGUGCAGACAUGGAGCUAGUUACCAUAGUUACAAUAGAAGAGUUUGUUCAUCAUUGGUUUUUGCAUCCCCUGCACACAUAUGGUGGGAAAUUAAGUGAUUUCAGUUCUGACGCAUGUUAGUGGACUUUGGCAAGUAGCUUUGUGUGUAGAGACAGACAUGUUAGGGUGGAAUAAGGUAGAAAUCAGACUCAUAUUUUAAAGAAUGUAUCCAUUAAAUAUUUAUUCAAGCUUCUCAAGAGCGGAUUUCAAGGCUAGGCUCUAUCACAGGAAUAACAAUGGACACAUUUUAGUGUAUUCACUCCUUUAAAAUGUAAUUAAUGAAAGAUGUCAUCAGUGACAUUUUGCUGAUUUUAUUUUCAUAUUGCUGUUCUAAGAGAUUUAUAUGCUUGGCACUGAAAUCUGAAUGCUUACAAACGGGAAUGUGUUGCUUUUUUCUUUUUCUUAUUUCUCAUAUUGUUUCCUAUUGCAUGACUCUUGUCUUGGCAGUUCUCCCUGUAUACACCUAUGUGUAUACACAUGUUCUUUUUGUGUGUACUCAUUGCGUUUUUUGUGGUUUCUCUUUCAGUGAAUUUUCUUUCAAGCGAGUCUCCCUUAUGGGUUAAGACUUAAUAAUACAAGCAGGUCAUCUUAGGCAUUGAAGUGUGUGCUUAUCUUCAGGGUCCCUGUGCAAUUCAUCAUUUAAUUAAUAAAAUAUCAUGUGUAUCUUAUAAAA